AUGGAGACGUUAACUUGUUACUACACCAGACUGGUCGGUUUUCUGUUUUUUCUUGGCAUAGUCUUUCUACUAACAUCCGCAUCCGUUAAGUACGACCAUAAUUCGACUGAACAUGGUGAUGGCCGUGUUAAACAAAGUCACUGCAGCUUCUCCAAAGAAGCUAAAAGAAUAGGCCUAGAAAAAUACCUUCAAAAGGUUCUUAACACAUAUUAUGAGCUUCAUCCGCAAGACUUGGUUUAUAGGCCUGGAGGUGUAACAACAGAGGAACUAAAAGCAAAAUUUAGACCAUACGAUCCAGAUCCAAAACAUUUGAAGCGAAUCUCCGAUGUAGCGCGACAGCUUCUAAAGCAACUCAACGCUCUUCGUGUUAAUAAAGGGCUAUUAAAACUUCGCGAGAAAAAGGCGCUUGCUCAAGUUAAACACUAUCUUGUAAACAAUUUCGGAACGCCUUAUAAUGGAGACUAUUACGCGGGCGAUUUUCUUAUGGGACCCAAUCUGUUUUGCUGGCAGCCUAUAUGCGAUGUGGGUUAUUCUGAUAUCCGGUAUGGUUUGAGUAAUUUACGCAUUAAAAACUUGAAGGAUGUUCAGUUGGUGAUCAGUAAAAUGAACCUUGUUGAAAAGACGUUCGCGCAGUACAUCCAUAAUUUGAAACUUGGUAUUAGAGCUGGAAUGGUGCGAUCAACUGAAGAAUGUGUUGCUGGCAUAAAUUCAUUUCAACGAAGCUAUUUUCAAGUGUUUCUUAAAGGGGAAAAAGGUAUGUAUCGUGAGAUCCCGAUGGAAGUUGAUACAACAAAAAUAACCGGUACUAAAAAAUUGUUCGUAUCCGGCCUAUGAUAUAUAUGAGAUAAGUGUGGCUGUUCUUUGCUUCAAUUGCAGGGUUGAGUGUUCCGUUUGAUAGGUUCAUUUGAUUGCUAGUUUUGCUUUCCUCAUAAUGUAACUGAUGGGCAGUCUGCAGGCUAGUUUCUUAAACUAAAUAGACUGUAAAACAGUCGGGUUUUUUUGUCUCAAAAUCGCCGGGUUUUGCAAGGUGCGAAGCGAGUCGCGAAAGCGUGAUAUCCUUGCGCAAAGCGCGCGAGCUCCUUUGAUGGCUCUCGCGUGCGUUCUCCUACGCGAAAAUGCAGGCUGGUUCAGUUUGUGUAUAACAAACGUUAACAAAAUGUUCUUGAGAGACAGUUGGAGAACGCGUCACUGAGUCGUGAAAGGCAAGAGAGAAUUUGGUCCACUCUUAAUGUGUGUGUAGCUUUUCUCGGCCGGGUUGUCCGAAGAAAGAGCUUCUUUGCUUCCACUACGGGUAAAGUAGCGAAGAUGGCAGUCGUAAGACGCUUAGCACAGCCACAGUCUGUACUCAUUACUCAUUUGCGGUCAAGAGGACGGUUAUCUUUCCUGGUCUUCUUCAGUCACAGUAUCACUGCAGUUAAUUUUUACACUCUGCGCAUAGCCGCAUUGACUCGAUUGAUGAUCAAAUGAUAGAACUAGUUAGAUACCAUCAGACUUCUAGAGAAAAUAGACAUUGCCCUCGUUUUGGGUCCGAUCAAAUAGAAGAUAGCCUGCGUAGGAAGUAUGUGGGUGAAAGAGAGAACGGGCGCCCGCGAGGGAGACACGCCAGGGGGCGAGGGAGCUAGCUCUCCCCUCGCGUGUCUCCUCCUCGCUCGCCCGUUUUUUCUUGUGCCCACUACAUCCAAGCGCCUGCUACGCAUGCUAAAUAGAAGACAAAGUUCACUUUUUUUUUCAUUGCCUAAGUACUCUAUUUUGAGCCACGGUCUGAAAUAAUUUUUACAGUAAAGUUCAGACUCUGAUUCCAAAUAUUCUGCGCAUUAUCCGGCGUAAUAUCAAUAUCAUGCAAUUCAUUAUACGUAUUGUAGCUUGCUUUGAUUUUGCGACUAAUUAUUAACCGGUAACUUCACUGUCCUGUGACAAAAUUUUAGUUCUCCUACUUUUUUUUCUUUAUUUCUGUCAAAUAGUUUUUUUCAAUUCUGUAUGUAUAGAUGUAUAACUGUUAAUGUAUAGUCUUGCAAACGAAGUUUGUAGUUGGUAAUCUUAAGAUUUUAGCAGCCGAGAGUUGAAAUUGGAUAAGCCGCCUGCGCUCAUCCUGUCUGGAACCAGUCUCUAAUAUUGGGCCGCUUCAUUAUUGUGUUCUAUCUUGUGAAAAACUAUUCAGCUCUAAAAUAAAGUAGAGAAAAUCACAUAGUCUGGUCGGAUCAUAUACGUUUCUAGGAAACUGCCCACCUACCCUUCCCCUAAGCCAACAUUUUGCCCUAAGUGAAAAGAAAGUGUGAAUGUUGGCUUAGGGGAGGGAUAGGUGGGCAGUUUGUCAGAAACGAAUGAUCGUUUGGUCUGUAGUAGGGUAAGGGUUUCACAAACAUGCCGCACCCCACACCUCCAUCUGUAUUCUCAAGGAGUACUCCUUGGGGGCCGUAACGAGAGAAAUGCUACAUCCUGAAUGGGGCAUUCUUCAUGAGUGCUCUUUACGCGUGGUUGUCCGUCGAAGUUGGUUUACGAAUCUCAUUCACAUUGAUAAUUAAGGAUCCCAGAAUAGUCCAGUAUAAAAACUCUUUGCGUCAUCGUAGAUCGAGAGCAAGCGUAAGGGACGAACAGCGAAGCCGCAAGGAACAUGGCCUGCGUUGCAGGCGUCGAAACGGGUAGGAUAGGAGGCAUAAAAGGAAGAGGUAUUGGGAAAUGUGGAAAAGGGAUGGUUUUUCACUCGAAUGUGGCUCAUCUGGGUGCGAAGACCGUAGCUCAAAAAGGAGUUUAACAUAUCAAAGUCAUUUCCCACGCAGAAGGACAUUAGAUAUUUUUGACUCUUACAUACAGGGGGAGCUAACGCGGUUGCGCAGUAGUAUCAAAUUAAAUUGCAAGAGAUGGCGAAUCGUCCAAAGAGAGAAUUUAUGCCCGCCAAAACGUUAUGCAGAGCCCGGGGGGAGGACUCCGCAUAUGAAAGGGGUGGGGAUGCUCGUCGGAAAUUUUGAAUUAAACCCGAAAAGGAGACCGAUCUGGGCGUGGCCCAAGCUUUUUUUGACCCCUAAAAGAGACGAAAAAAUAUACAUAUGCCCAGAACACCCUAAGUGAGACCAAAAUCCGAAACUUACACCCCUAAGCAAGACGACGAGUAUCCCCACCCAUAUGCGAAGUCCCCCCCCCCCCGGGAUGCAGAGGAGCAAAAUGAUCUGAAGCGUUGCAAUGCCAAAAAAAAGUCGAAAACGGACAAAGACCUUUACGAUAUAAAGAUUGUAUAGGUGGACAGGGAAAGGAAACGAUUUAAAAUUCAUUUUGUUCGGUUGGGUUUGGAAAUCAAUUCGACGAGUGGCGUGAUUUCAGUACCAGAGGUGGACAGUUUCCGUUUGUCCGCUUGGAGAAAAGUUUUGUCCCCGGCGAAGAAUCAUUGGAGGACAGAAGGCAUAUUUUUCAUGGGCAUUUAUACCGAGCUGUUAAAAGAAAGAUGAGGUCAAGCCGGCGUGAAGACCCUAAGGUCAGGAUAGAAUUACCCAUAGAAGCUGACGUGUUUUCCUGUGAUCUCGGUCGGACAACCAAAGUCAACUUUCAGAGACCAGAAACAGAAAAAAAACUGCUUAAUUUAUUAACAAACGUCAAAAGAAAAAUGAGGGGAAAAAAGAAUAAUCAGAAAGUAAAAUGGUUAACUUGAUCGAUCGACUACUUACUUGUUUAUUUGGAGCGUAAACGAGGGAAAAUCCCCUUGCCCUGAUGUAUUUUCCCCGCCUUUGAACCCGUCGGACUCGUCUUCUGUAGCCGUCACGAAAGCAGCAAAGCUUAGCAGUAUAGCCAGCACCAAAGCGCUUAGUUCCAUAUCCAUUUUACGUUUUUAAUUGACAAAGUUCAACAAACCCGCAUAAAUUACAUAUGAAAACGCGCCAAAUUUAUUGCCCCCGCAGGGAUUUCGCCCAGAAGGCGAAAUCCCGAGGAGGCACUCUAGUAACUCGCGCGUAUAUUAAGGAAAGUACUUACAGCUGAAAUAUACAGUCAGUAUGCCAGAAAAAUCUUGAUUUGCUUGAAGAGGGGCCGCGAGGAAUCGGUAGGUAAUGAUGACGUUUCUACUGUUUGCGCCCGCAAGGACGAAAUGGUUAGGAUAACGUAAGGACAGAAAACCCGAAGUGACCGCUUAGGUAGAUUUUGUGACAUUUAUUGUGCAGUCGUACUUCGACACUCUUUUGCGUUACGUGUUAUCAGUGACAUUCUGUAGAGCAGUUGUUUUGAAAGUUAUGGACCAAAAGACACUCGUUAAGCGCAGGUGAAGUUAUAAGAUGCGUAUAACUAUGUAUAUAUAAACACUUGGAAAGCUGGCCAGACAUGAGUUCACAAAUCUUUGAUUGGAAACUUUACCAGACACUCUUUCUCUCUCUUUGACCGGAAUAAGACUCAGCCCCAAACAAGCAAGACGAGUCAAUCAACGGCUAGCUUAUCAAUAGCAGAACGAUGGACGAUUACAGAAAUCGCCGACAAUCAAAUUCUGUGCUGACUAAUUCUCUGCUCACAGAUGUCCUUCCACUAUAAAGUUUAAAAGAAGACUCGAAUGCGCGAGCGUGAAUUGAUCAAACGUCCUCUUAAGUUCUAAGGCUCACUUACGCGCAAAUAAAAUGAACUGAAUGUAAAAAGUGAAAAAUUCAACUUCUAAUUAAAUCUUUUCUUGUGGUUUAGAAUAAACUAUUCUCGAAACUGAGAAGCUGAGUAAAUCGAACUGCAACUGUGCAUGGAACCUUGCGUUUCCUGUAUUUAUCUCACCUAUUGAAUGAAAUAUGGGUGAAAAUAGGAUCUUGUUUACUGUGGGUAAUGUCGACCGAGAUAUCGGUCGAUAUAGCGGUCGAUAUAGCGGUCGACACUCGGUCGAUAGUCAGUCGACAGUCGGUCGAUAGUCGUUCGACACUCGGUCGACAGUCGGUCGAUACUCGGUCGACGCUCGGUCAAUCAAUCAAUCAAUCAAUCAAUCUUUAUUUAAACACGGUAAAAUCCAUCAGGAAUUUAAAAAAUUAAAAAUAACCUAACUAUCC